AUGAUGAUAUGUCUCCAAAGACUCGCCAUCUCGGCCUUUGCAUUGAAGCUAGCCGUGGCUCAAGAUACAACUUCGCUUCCAGCAAUACAUUCAACAGGAUGGAAUUCCAGCUUCGAGCUUAGCGCUGAGCAGCUCAAAUUGGGCAACCUGACAACCGAUUUUGGCGCCAUAAUCAACACCAUCAUCAAUUUUGAUAGGUCCCAGCUUGCCAAUGGCGGGGCACAUCAGGAUGAAUUCUAUGAUGUCCAGAAUUUGCCUAAAGAUCAAUGGCCCACAGAGUCCGGAAGAACAAUCAAGCUCCAAAAGUUCACCGAUCCUUCUUCCUUCUCCAUACCUCCAAAGACUGCUAUGUCUCGGAUCAUAUACAGUACCACCAAUCUCAAUGGCACCUUGAUCCCUGCUUCGGCCUACAUCCUUUGGCCACACCACCCAAAGAAUUUCAGAGGCGGCCGCAACGCUUCGGCUUCAUCUGCACCAGUUGUUCUAUGGACCCAUGGAACCUCUGGCUUCUAUGCCGAUGGAGCUCCCUCGACGCAUCGUGGCCUUUUCUACGAAAACUUUGUACCUUUUACUCUGGCUGAAGCUGGCUACGCUGUUGUGGCUCCAGAUUAUGCCGGGCUUGGGGUUAGCACUUCUUGGGACGGAACCUUCAUUCCACAUCAAUACUUUGCUUCCGAGGCCGGUGCUGGUGACGCACUCAACGCUUUGAGAGCGGCCCAGGAGUCAUUUCCUAAAGAGCUUUCAGAUGAUUAUGUGGUUUUGGGCCACAGUCAAGGUGGCGCUGUUGCCUGGACCCUGUCAGAAAUUCUGGCUAGAAAGAAUCACAAGUUCCACGAUGUUAUAAAACAUCAUCUUGGUACUGUAGCGAUGGCUCCACCAACUGAUAUAUUCUCACUGGGUGCUGGAAUUGGGCCCUUUUUGGCGUGGAUUGGCAAAGACCUCGACCAGAUCUUCCCGACUUUCAACCUCAGCGACUGGCUGACACCGCUUGGCACUAGAAGAACCAAGCUUUCGAACCAAGUUGAGGGAUCGCAGAUAGUGACAAGUUAUUUGUUGAGUCCAGAAGAAGAGAUAGUCCAGCCUGACUGGAAGGAGACCUGGUCUGUUCAGGCCUUUGGGAAGCUUGCCAACCCUGGAAAUAUGAAUUUCAAGGGACCGAUGCUUGUUUUACAAGGAGUGGAUGAUCCCGUCGUGACAUACAACAUGACGAAGAAUACAGUGGAUAAGACUUGUAAAAACCACCCGAAUGACUUGGAGUUUCUGAACAUCCCGAAAGCGAACCACUUUGGUGUCAUCAAUGCCGGCAAACAAAACUGGUUGCGUUGGAUCGAGGAUCGAUUCGCUAGCCAGCCUUUGGCCAGAUCUGGUUGUGUCAAGUCCAAUCUGGAAAGUUUGAUGCCCCAGGAAUAUUAUCAGCUCACUGCCAAUUCCUUCGUCUUAUGGGCCGGGAAGCCGCAGUGGUCCUAUGAGGUCCCUACUGCUGCAUGA